GCCUAUUGACCCCUGUUGCGCUGAACCAAAGAAGACCGCUCGGCGCCGAGCCGCUUCUUCACCAUGGGCAGCGGUGCCAGCAAGAAGGCCUCGAAGGAAGCUGCGCGCGGGGCGGCACCCCGCAGUACGAAAGGCUCGACCUCAAGCCGAUCCUCUGCGUCUUCGGCUCGGUCCUCUACCGGGACCGUGCGAUCACUGCAAAGGAAGAAGAGCAACAAGGAGAAGGCAGGAACCCGGACCGAGAAACCGGCCGCGGCGCCCGUGGUGCCCGUGGUGCCGAGCGAGCCGGAGAAACUGGGCACCAGGGCCUCGCUGCCGUUGGAGAUGAUUCAGGAGGAGUUGGACCUUGAAGAUCCAUACUUCGAGCAAGAGGUGUUUACGAACAGCCAGCCCGACUUCCCCAGCACGCCCUCCACUUCGGUGGUUCCUUUGGAAGCUGCAGGCCAUCCCUUUUGCCCAGACCAUGACACGCCGUGAGCCUCGUGAGGAGGACCUGACCCUGUGACACUGAGUUGAGGGCCAUGCUUGACAAUGACAGGGUUUGUGUUGCUAUCGUUGGUUAGAGCGC